CUGUAUGUUUACAGCAGUGUAACUCGCAGCUCACGAGCGACUCUAUGCGCAUGUAAUAUGCAGCUGGAUGCAUUUGCAGAUAGUUUAUUAAGGAACCCAAUCUUUAACCAAUCUUCAUUUGCACGACCGUCUAAAUCUUUUUUGCUCUGGGCAUGGUGGUAGGGCAUGGUGUUCGCUGUUUGAGCCAGCUAGCGGAGCUGCCAGAGUUGCACCAGAUGAUGAGGCAGACAUGUAGGGACUAUGCUCAAAAAGAACUUGCGCCAAUCGCUGCUCAGCUGGACAAAGAUCACAAGUUCCCAGCCAAGCAGGUAAAAGAGCUGGGAGCGAUGGGUGUCAUGGCUGUAGAGGUACCAGAGAGUCUGGGUGGAGCUGGGAUGGAUUAUCUGGCAUACUGUCUGGCCGUGGAAGAGCUCAGCAGAGGAUGUGCUUCGACCGGAGUCAUCGUCAGUGUGAAUAAUUCACUGUACCUGGGUCCAAUUCUGAAGUUUGGCACAGAAGAACAGAAAAAGCAGUGGAUUACUCCCUUCACCACGGGGGAUAAAGUUGGCUGUUUUGCUUUGAGUGAGCCAGGAAACGGCAGCGAUGCAGGUGCGGCGUCGACACUGGCACAGCAGGAGGGAGACGAGUGGGUUCUGAACGGAACUAAAGCCUGGAUAACCAACUGCUGGGAUGCUUCCGCCACCGUCGUUUUCGCCACAACAGACAAGAGCUUAAAACACAAGGGAAUUAGUGCCUUCCUAGUGCCGAUGCCUCAUCCAGGAUUGUCUUUAGGGAAGAAAGAAGACAAGCUGGGAAUUCGAGCUUCAUCGACUGCAAAUAUCAUUCUGGAAGACUGCCGCAUCCCACUCGGGAACAUGCUGGGAGAGCGCGGAAUGGGCUUUAAGAUUGCAAUGCAAACUCUGGACAGCGGGCGGCUUGGUAUCGCAGCACAGGCUCUUGGUAUCGCUCAGGCGGCGCUGGACUGUGCGGCUGAUUACGCUCAUAAAAGAACAGCUUUCGGCGCUCCCAUUGGGAAACUGCAGGCCAUACAGUUUAAACUGGCAGACAUGGCCUUGGCCACAGAGAGCGCUCGACUGCUCACCUGGAGAGCUGCAAUGCUGAGAGACGCAAAGAAACCUUUCACUAAGGAAGCUGCUAUGGCUAAACUGGCUGCGUCUGAGGCUGCUACGUUUGUCUCCCACCAGGCCAUCCAGGUGCUGGGCGGGAUGGGUUACGUCACAGACAUGCCUGCUGAGAGACACUACCGUGACGCCCGCAUCACAGAGAUCUAUGAAGGCACCAGCGAGAUCCAGAGAUUAGUCAUCGCUAACAACAUUCUCAAAGAAUAUCAGCAGUAGGAGAGCUGAUGUUCACAUCUGUGCCUGGAUUGGCUGAUCGGGUCAGUCACAGAUCUCAGGACUGUGUUACUGUGACUGGUCACUGAAGAUGUAUUAAUGUUGCUGUAUCACAUAUUGAGUGACUGCCACAAGAGUGCAGUAGAGAGUCUGCAUCAUUUGCCUUUGUAUCAGACUGUAAGGACUAAUCUUCACUGGGAAUUUAAAUGCAUAUCUGAUUGUACCAUAAUAAAUUGUAUUUAUUUGAUAUGCAUUUUGAAAUAAAUAAUGAUCACAUUUUAAUACUA